AUGGCUUCAGCCAUGUACAGCGUUGGUUUGCGCUCGGUCCUACCUGAGAGGAACCAGCAGGAUCAAAAGAGACGGCAGUUCGCAUGGAGGAAGCAAGACGCCAACGGCUACCCACAAGGUACCGAGGAUGAUGAGAGACCGCAGACGGCUGAACAGCCGCAGUUUGACCGGAAUGACGAUUUUGAGCCUGAACGUUUGCGUGUCGAUGCGCGGCCGACGCCGAAAGCUGCUCGGGCCAUGGCUGAAGAGGCCGUUCGGGAAGUGGCGUACCUGGCCAAGGAGGCGCUCAUUGUAGAACAGGCGCAGGAGGAGAGCAAGCUGGCGUUGGCCGAAUCUGGCCCCGCCGAGUACCUCGUGGACAACAACGUUCUUCAGGCGCAUGCCCCGGGCAUCACGUUUCGAUUCAGCAAGCGCAUGGAGGAUCGCGAUGACCUCGGCGAGUUGGCUGCCUUCGGGACCUCGGUGCUGGGCAUCGAUGAGGGUGACGGCUGGCUCCGAGUGCAAAACCCACAUGGCGAGAUCCGAUAUCUUCCAACGGAGAUCCAGGGGGUGACAGUUCUGUCGCGAGCUGCAGCAACGGAGCAGCGAGAGGCCCGGGAGGAACGGAGGAAACGAGCUGAAGCAGCUGAGCGCCAGCACCGGGAUCUCGAGGCAUGGCAGCGCCGCGCAGAGGAGGCGGAGCGGCUGCGACAGGAGCGGCUAAAAUGGGAGGCGGAGCGCAAGGCGCAGGAGAAGCAAGACGACCCAGAGGACCCCCUUCGACGGCCUGAGAGUCGAAAUAUCGCAGGUCGAACAAGGAAUGUAUUGGAUCGGCACUAUGCCGGUGAAGACGAGGAGGUGCCUGACCACUACCAGGUGUUGGGCGUUCCACGACACGCGACGCCAGAGGAGAUAACUCAGGCCUAUCGGGCUCUUGCCAAGCUGUAUCACCCAGAUCGUCUGAAGAGCUCUGGAGGAGUCCUCAGCAAGGCGGCUGCCCAACGAAGCCACGAGCAGCGCAUGGCCUUGCUGAAUGCUGCGCAUCGUGUGCUCUCGGAUCAGAGGCUACGCCUGGCGUACGAUAAGACGCUGCCUGAGCCUGACGGCGCAGACGAAGUCGACUUCGCACCAGGCCGUAGUAGCGAGAAAGCAGAGGAGCAGUUCGAUUUCGAUUUCCUUGGCUCGGAUCGGCCCUUUCGAGUUGCCCUCGGGCGCGCAGCGCGAGCGGCCAAAGCCUGCGGCAGUCGGGAUGCCGUGCGGAAAGCCAUGGACCAGCUUCGGGGGAAGGAGAGGAUAGCUCUGGCGGACAAGGAUGGACAGAUUCGGCCAUCAGGCCCGACAUCUCCCUUCUCGGGGCUCGGGGAGUGCGCCGACCCGGACUGCCGGGCUCAUCGCCUGGCCUGGCCUCAGGUCCGCAGCCGCUUCAGGGACUUCAUCGUUGCCCGAGUUCGGGCGGCGGCUCGCCAGGAGGAGGGUGUGCAGCCUUGGUGGAACCAAGAGGUGGGGCUCAGGUACACCUCAGUGGGCAGUGGCCAGUUGUUCUUUGACCUCGAGCUGCUCGAGAGGAUCCGAUAUCUUGGGGUUCGCAUCGCGCAGAUCUGUCUCAUAGAUACGGCAUAUGCUGGCUCUCCACCAAGUGUGGACGUUCGGCGCGCACUCCGCGAAUUCACCGACUGGCAACGAGCCGCCUCUCAGUUGUGCCGUCACGAGCCUGCUGAAGUCUUAGUCUUCAGCGAGGUGUGGGACUACUACGAAACAUGCUGUGAAUCCCAAGAGAACUCCAGCAAGUAUCCCGACCUGGAGCGGUAUAGGCAGCCCUGCGAUCUCUUCGUGCACUGUGAUGCCACAUGGCCCGGUGCAGACGAGGAAGUCGAGCAGUUGGCGCAAACUUCUCUGGCGCGAGGCGGAUUGCUGGCCCGGCUGUCACCCUCCUCAGAGGAGCCGCAGAUCAGCGUGGCCGGUGCUGUGGAAACGAACACGAACUCGUUUGGCCACAGCUUGGCUCCGCUCCUAUGUCGCGCCUGGGUCCAGAUGGAUGCGGGCUCGUCUGUGGCGACGUCAGAGCGGGAGAAGGCCCUGGUGGGGCCGGUCGGACUGGCCAGACCAUUGGGCGGAGAGAUUAGUGAGGCUUCGGAUGCAAAGGCUGCAUUAGAGCGUUCUGUCUGGAACAGCGUGCUGCUUCAGUGCGUGCUGCUUGGGGCAUUCGUGCUGUCUGGACGGGCGACGCGCGCGCACCAGCGCGGCACAAACGCGUGCCCACCGCAGGGAAACCGCUGA